AUGGCUCCGACGCCGAACAAGAAUGUGUACGACCUUGAGCGCUUGUCGGCUGUGAGCGUGAGCGUCAACAAGGACCCCGACCAAGAUGGGUACACGAGUGUCAAAACGCCUGACACCACCGCUGCUGAGCUCGAAGGUGGUGCCCUGCGUCCGGGUGGUAUGCCUGUGUUGACCAGCAAAGACACCAUCGGGCUUUUGUUCCAAUACGCUGCUGUUGGUGUCGUGUACGGCAUGCUACCCGAAACCAUCUAUCCGUUCAUGCAAGAGUACCUCAAUUGCAGUGGCGCACAAGUUGCUGCCGCCAAAGAGCUCGUGGUGCUCCCCUGGAGUUUCAAGGUGUUUUUCGGCAUCAUCUCCGAUUGCUUCCCUAUCUACGGUUAUCGCCGUCGUCCGUACAUGCUAAUCGGGUGGACGGUGUGCAUUAUCAUGCUUCUGAUCAUGGCGAUCAUGCCAAUUGGCAAGCCAUAUUACACCGUCGCUUCCGACCGUGAUAUCGACACGGCUGACUACACGCCUGAGAUCGAAGCGCGCAUUAACUACGACGCUCCUGGUGAAGGUGCCAAGUAUGUGAUCAUCAUGUUCUUCGCCGCAGUCGGGUACGUCUUCUCCGACGUCUGUUCCGACAGUAUCGUGUGUGAACUAGCCCAACGGGAGCCCAUCGCCAAACGUGGGAAAACUCAAUCCGCUAUUUACGCAGUGCGCUAUGUAGUUGUGAUCCUCGGUGAGCUGCUAGUCGGCUUUUGCUUUAAUGGGGAAGAGUACGGCGGAGAUUUCGACUUCUCGCUCAGUUUCCCUCAACUUAUGAUCAUCAUGACGGUGUUAACUGCACCAGCACUUCCUAUCACGUGGUUCUUCAUCAAAGAAGAAAAGAAGGAACGUGCUGACUUCCGAAAGUACAUCAGCGAGUUCUGGGAUCUGCUAUGCAAGCGUGUCGUCUACCAGAUCAUUGCGUACAAUUUCUUUGCCGGCAUUUUUUCGAGUAUUUCAUACACGGCGAGCUCUCCCGUGCAGUCGUACAUGGUGGACGUGACGCCCAUUAACAGCACGUUAAAUGAUGUUCUCGGUCACGUGUGCUUCUUAAUCGGUAUCAUGGUAACUUCUAAGUACGGCCUCCACUGGAACUGGCGCGGAAUGAUCGUUUGGACGGGCCUCGUGGUUAUCAUUGUCGACUGCGCGGUAGCUCUUAUCACUGGUUGGGAUGUAUUUCGCAGCCAGUGGUUCUGGCUUGGCCCUCCGAUCGCAGUGCAGAUUCCUAGCGGCGUGGCUUGGAUCAUCGCUCUGUUUGUGACGGUCGAGAUCGCGGGUGUGGGCAAUGAAGGAGCAGUUUAUGGUCUAGUGACGACGGUAGGCAACCUGGCGUCCCCCUUUGCAACUACACUUACUCUUCUCAUCGAUGGGCCGUUCAACUUCACCAACGCACGCGUACAAGCUGAUGACCACUCUGUACGUAUGGAUAUCACGUACACGGUCAUCAUCUCGUAUACCAUGACGAUAUUCUCGUGGGUCUUCUUGUUCCUGCUGCCCAAGCAGAAGCUGGACACGCAGGAACUCGCACACACUGGCGGCUCCAGCAAGAUCCUUGGUGGUUUGACUAUCGCCUACCUGUCGUUCUCGCUAGUCUGGUCUGUCACGGUCAAUACGCUCGCCAUCUUCGACAGCACUUCGUGUCUACUCAUCGCCGGCGGUACUGGCUGCUAA